CGGUGGAUGGAGGAUGAAGGCGAAAGAAUAAACGGACACGCGACCGAUCAGACAGCGGAGACCCGGGAACAGGUCGCCUUAGCCUGCUGACGUCACUCGGGAGGGGCGGGGCACCAUGCUCAGUGUGGGGGGGCUCCGUGUCCUGCAGCUUCCGGUACGAAGCGUCUGUUCCGCUGCGUUCAUCAGGAAGUCAGCUCUACCCGCCCACACCUGUGGUCACAGCUCACGUGUCCGCUCGGUGUCAGGCGGCGGCGGCGGCGGUGAUGCUGCGGCCGGCUGGUACGGAAGCGUGGCACAUUCAGUGCCGGUGCAUCUGGCGGAAGACUUCCUGGUUCACCUGCAGCAGGUGAGCGGUCUGCCGUGGUGGCUGAGCAUCGCGGUCGGCACGCUGUCCGUCAGGACGCUCAUCACUCUGCCGCUCGCCGCCUACCAGAUGGUCAUCAUCUCCAAGGUGGAGGUGCUGCAGGUGGAGAUCUCAGAGCUGGCAAAGAGGCUUCGAUAUGAAGUUUCAGUCAGAGCAAGAGAGAGAGGCUGGACAGAUAAACAGAGCCGGUUCCAGUUCCAGAAGAAUCUGCGUCGCAUCGUGUCUCAGCUCUACAUCAGAGACAACUGCCACCCUGUCAAAGCCAGUCUGCUGGUCUGGGUCCAGCUACCCCUCUGGAUCAGCUUCUCCCUGGCCCUCCGAAACCUGAGUCUGGAUCAGUCUGGUGAGUUUGGAUCAGUCUGGGAGUCUGGAUCGGUCCAGUCCAGGACCCAGAUCUCCUGCCCUAACAGUAAACUGUUUGUUACAGCGCUGCAGUCUGAGCUGGCAGCAGGAGGCGCUCUGUGGUUUCCUGACCUCACCGUACCGGACUCCACCUGGAUCCUACCUGUCUGUCUGGGACUCACCAACCUGCUCAUUGUGGAGGUCUUUUCUCUGCAGAGAGUCAAUCCGUCGCGUUUUCAGAAUGUUAUGACGAACUGCAUCAGAGGAUUCUCAGUGCUGAUGAUUCCAAUCGCCGCUUCAGUUCCCUCGUCCAUGGCUCUGUACUGGUUCACCUCCAGUCUGGUGGGAUUUGGUCACAACCUGCUCCUUCGAUCUCCUGCGAUCCACAAGAUCCUCCAACUCCGAACUCAACGCUCCGAUUCCCCGUACAGAGACCUGCUGGCUGCCUUCAUCUCCAAAUACUACAAAUAACAGAGUACUGCAAGUAACAGAGUACUACAAAAUAAACACAGAGUACUUCAUUUGUACUCAGAGUACAUGAUAUGAGGAUAUUUCACCUCCUGGUCAGACUGUUAAUGUCUCUGCAGCCAAUCAGAGAUUAUUGAUGAUCACAGAUCAAUAUCAACAAUUACAACUGGAUCAUUUAUUCUGCUUGAGUCUUUACAAAGGUCCAUUUACUAACUUUUUCUGGAUCUAUCAGUUGCAUCUCAUGGUCUUCAUCAGCAGAGAGUUUUUGUGCCGCAAAGUAUAACACCUAAACCGUCUCCAUGACAACUGAGCAAACUUCAGCCACUGAUGAAGACCAUGAGAAAAAGUUGGCAAGUGGACUUUGAGUUCAGAUGAUUUUGUCAAACUAAAGAAUAAACCUUGAAAUGUCUGUUAAAUAAUAUAAAUAAAGUUUUGUGUUAAUGA